GCAGGGCGAAAGUGACCUUUUUUGGCGAACCGCCUUUUGGUAAUAGAUUCUUCAGAGGGCAUCCGCUCCCAAACCCUACAUUUCUCCUGUCGAUCCAUGAAGAACAAAAUUCCAUCGAGGAAGCCAGUUUGUUGAUGCUUUACUCUGUCGAAGGUGUGGUGCUGAGAUAACAUUUGCUGGUCAUCUCAAGAAUGUUGGUAGCAAAAUGGCCCUUCGUCAGAGAAAUGACACUAUUCUAGGGGUGAACGAGUGCCUGAUACAGUUGUUUAAAAACCCCAAUGGAAACUAUUUUGAAGUAAUUACAGCAGAUGCUGCAAACAUAAAGCAGCAAGGAGGGGCCUUUACUGAGCACUCGUGGUUCCCUGGGUAUGCCUGGAGGAUCGCUGUAUGCCCUCGCUGUGGAGCACAUCUUGGAUGGAGUUUUGAAGACCCACUACAUACUCAUGAAGAAAUGCACAGAAAAGAGAAGACAUCUCACUCAAGCGAUAGCAAAUAUUCCUUUGUUGGGCUGAUAUACCCAAAUCUCAUCCAACAAAACUAUGCUGAUUCGCUGAUCAUAACACCAAAGUCUUACAGGAGUUAAGAUAGCAAGGGACUAGACUAAUUUGCUUAUUAUGAAACAGAUUUUAUAACUUUUUUACAACAAAAACUUGUAAAAACAUUUUUACAACAAAUUCAAAGCCAUGUUAAAACAGAUUGUUUGUUUAGUCUCCUGGCUUAGAGAGAAAGAUCAUAUGCAAAUUUACCCACAUUUUGGGAAAGGACAAAACAUAACAGAAAAAAAAUCCAGUCAAGAUUGCCCAUUUUAAAUAAAUUUGUAUAGUUGGCAACCAUUUAUAAACAUGAAAAUACAUUUCCCUUUCAGGGAAUGUUUAAA